AAGUCUACAUUGUUUAUCUUUUUCCCCAGUCCCCACUAAACCAUUUGCUUUUUUUCCUUUUUUCCUUUUUGGACUGAUACAGAUGGGGGAUUGAAACUCUAAGAGUAAAAUUCACUACUUGCAUAGUAGCAUUAUUGAGAAAGAGAUGUCUUGGGAAAUCGAAGAGAUCGGAGAAGAUAGCAAGAGUGAAGCAAUUAUAAGCAAUAAUAAAGAUGGAGGAGUGAUCAAUGAUGUUUAUGUAGCUGUUGGGAAGAAUGACAUGCAUGUUCUUCAAUGGGCACUUGAUCAUGCCAUCUCUCCGGGAAUUCGCGUUUGUCUUGUGCAUGUUUUUCCUCCCAUUACCUACAUCCCUUCACCAGUUGGCAAGUUAUCAAGUAGCCAACUCAGCAGAGAGCAGGUGCAAGCCUACAUCAAUGAGGAGAGCAACAGGCGGAAGAAUAUCUUGGAAAAAUACAUCAGCCUAUGCAAUGAUGCUAAAGUACCAGUAGAUACUGUACUUGUGGAGAGCAAAUCACCAGCCAAAGCAUUACUUGAUCUAAUCACUGUUGUCAAUGUUACCAGCCUCGUUAUUGGAACUAAAAGAUCACUUUCCACCAUACGAGUUAUGAAGGGACACGGAGUAGGAGAAUAUGUUCAAAAGAAUGCACCAGCUUUCUGUCAGGUUAACGUCGUUGGUGAAGAAGGCAAAAAGAUUAUAAAAGGUCAAGUAGUGCAGCUAAAAGGGAAUUGCAAUCCUCCUUCACUUGUACAUAGCCAGAAUCAGCCGGAGAUUGCUAAACAAUCUAACCGGAAUUUAUUUGAAUGGAUGUGUUUUUCUCCCAAGUUCCAUGGAGACGUAGGAAAAAAAUAAGAAAUGAGUGAGGCGGAUUCAAGAUUUGAACCUUAUUGAUUUGAAAAGCAACUGAACCUACUAACAAUUUGAGUUGUUGGGUUCGGAAUUUACUUUUAAUACAUUUCUUACCUGUGGAGAGUUCAACUAAAUCCGUAACUAAUACUACUACAGUACGCUUGCCCCUGCAUAGCAGUACUUCCAAUUUUCUAAUUUAAUGAUGUUAUGGCUAUUACAUUACAUAAAAUAAAUUUAAACAGCAAAAAUAGAACAGGUCU